CCUGAAGUUUACCCACGCGUGGAACCUCGGGCAAAGAAGACAAACAAACAAAAGAGUUUCCUAUUUGAUGAAACCUCCUCCUCUUAUAGAACCGGUGGAGGAAGGAAGCCCAAGUGAUUCCAAGAUCAAGAAAUGGCGCUCGUUGAGAAAGGGAGGGUUUGCGUGACAGGUGCGGGAGGGUUUCUGGGUUCGUGGGUCGUCGAGCUUCUUCUCUCCAGGGGCUACCGCGUUCAUGGCACUGUUCGAGACCCAGAUAAUGAGAAGAAUGCUCAUUUGAAGAAGCUUGAAAAAGCCCCCGAGAGGCUCGCCCUCUUCAAGGCCGAUUUACUGGACGCCGAGUCUCUUAGGCACGCAAUUACAGGUUGCAGCGGUGUCUUCCAUGUGGCGAGCCCUGUUCCAUCUACCAAAGUCCCCAAUCCUGAGGUGGAGGUGAUAGGUCCUGCAGUCAAUGGGACACUGAACGUGCUUAGAGCAUGUGUUGAAGCUAAUAUUAAGCGUGUCGUUUAUGUGUCCUCAGUAGCUGCGGUUAGCCUUAACCCUCUGUGGACAAAGAAUCAAGUGCUGGAUGAGACAUGUUGGUCUGACCAAGAAUACUGCCGAAAGACAGAGAAUUGGUACUGUCUAUCAAAGACGCAGGCAGAGAGUGAAGCUUUCGAGUUUGCAAAGAGAUCUGGACUCGAUCUUGUCAGCAUCUGUCCUACCCUUGUCCUGGGGCCAAUCCUGCAGCCCACUGUAAAUGCCAGUACCCUAGUUCUCGUCAAGCUUCUGAAAGAGGGAUUUGAUACGCGGGAGAAUCAAGAACGUCUUGUCGUAGACGUGCGUGAUGUGGCACAAGCUUUACUUUUGGUGUACGAGAAACCUGGAGCUGAAGGAAGAUACAUGUGCUCAUCCCACGCAGUGAAAGAGCAAGAUAUCGUUGAGAAAUUGAAGAGUCGUUAUCCGAACUACAACUACCCCAAGAGAUAUAUUGAAGCUGAAGACAGAGUGAGGGUGAGCUCUGAGAAACUACUGAAGCUGGGUUGGAAUUACCGAUCGCUGGAUGAAACUCUUGUCGAUUCUGUUGACAGCUACCGGAAAGCUCAGAUUUUGGACUGAGAACUGUUCCUCUCAGUUAUGGUGUCAAUGCCUUGUUCUGUGUUUGUAAGAGACAGAGGUUGUUCCUGUGUUCUGCUUUUUUGUUGUCCGCAAGAAGAUUACGUCCAUCUGCUUUUGGUACUUUCAGAAUUGGCAAUAAAGGCGUCUUCUACUUUUCCUGUUA